AUGAUCUGCUCUGCCUGCCGCCUCGCCCGGCAGCAGCUGGUGAACAGCGGACGCCGUGCAGUCUCCUCGCCGACGUCUUCGUCGGCGUCCACCGUCGUGGCCCGCCGAGGACUUGUGACUCUUGCGCGCUCAGCUGUGCGGCCCUCGCUCUCUGAGACACACACUGUCCGCCGUACCGCCCAGCCGGCACUUCUGUCCACCGCGCGCGCGCACUCGGCGGCUGCCGCCACGCCGACAGAGUCCUCUUCGUCCGCAACCGCCUCGCCCUCUCCCAUCCCGAAGCCAGACUUUCUCGACGACGCCGAGUCGCACAUCUGGGACUUGCUGGUCGCCGCCUUUGAGCCGCAUGAGCUGAGUGUGCGUGACAUCUCGGGCGGCUGCGGCAGCAUGUACGGCAUUGAGAUCUGCUCGGAGCGGUUUCGCGGGGCCAACAUGCUGAAGCAGCAGCGGAUGGUGAAUGGCGCGCUGGGCGACCUGAUCAAGGGCUGGCAUGGCGUGCAGCUGAAGACGCGCGUGCCGGAGUGA